GGAUGGGAAUUGGGACUGAUACCAAAAUCAGCCUUAAUAAACUUUCAUUAAAAAAAAUUGGAAGCAUUAGUAAGCAGGAAUUCUUUACCGCCAAAGGACACACUGAAGGUUCUCUCCAUAUUUCUGCUUGGGGUGAGACUUUACAACAGGGGUUUUAUCCAUCAUAAACACACAGAGUUAUUAAAGUGUCUUUCUUAUCUAAUAUACAAACAUCACUUUCCUCGAAUUUGUUUCCAUGCAUCCACCUCCUUCUCAAAGUCCUCUCCUGAUCCUGGAGGAUCAUUCGGAGGGGUCUCUGCUGGUUGUAUUCACUGAGUGCUGUGAUAUUAAAGGUGACCUUGCCUUGAACUUUUCCUUUGGCCAUGUGCUCUUGCUUCUUCUUACAGAACUUGCCCCAGAACCACUGCAGGCCUCCAAAUCUGUUUCUGCACCAGCUCCAGCCAUGAUUACAAUCCUGUGUGAUCCUGAGGAGCACAUUGGAGCUGGGCUUUCCUCCUCCCUGCUGGGUCCUAGAACCCUAUGUCCAGGAGGAGCAGGGACACUGCCAGGGGUCCCUGGUGGAGCGGGGGAAGAUCGGGGCAGCUGGGGUGGAAAGAGGGCCCCGGGGACAGUCUGGGGUGUUGGAGGCGGUUUGGGAGGGGUCAGGAGAGGGUCGGAGCAGGUAGGAGGGGCUCUGGAUACCGGCAAUCCCAAAUCUCUCCACUGGAGGACAGCAGAGCCUGACAGGCCGCGCUCAAAGUGGGGAACAGCUCCGUAUGGGAAAGCUCUGGGAUGUGAUGGGAUGGAGUGAGGAUGGAGAGAGGGAUGGGAAUGGGGAUGGGGAUGAGAUAAGAUAGGACAGGAAGCAGCUGAGCUGUGCUUCCUCGGGCCCAGAGCAUGUUUUGGCAAUGAUCCUGGAGCCCUUCCCGGAAUGGGAGUUGUUUCUGAGAAGCAGCCAGCUGACUCACCAGCACUGCCUGCACUGCCAGCAUUCCAGUGCCACCAGCAGCACCAGCAUCCCUCUGCUGCUGGAGGGACAGUGACCUCUCAGGGAAGGGCAACGAAGAAUGGUAGAAACCUGUCUGGAGAAGGAAGGCAGUUGGAGAGUGGGACACUCUGCAGGGAAGGAGUGUUUCUCAUCAGGAAAAAAAUGCUAAGCCAAAGUGUUUCAUUUGGAUCUUUUGCCAAAAAUCACUUCCUCUGUAGAAAAAAAAAAAAUACACCCAGGAAAAAAAUCUCUGAGAAAGUGGAGUUCUGACAUAGCCAAAGAUGCAAUUUCUGUCUGUCCCAUGACUGCACCGAGUCAAGGGGGGUCAACAACAGGAUUGGGCACGGACAGCAGGAGGUGGGACGGGAGUGGGGAGCUCCUGGUGAUCUGGGCACUUUCUCCUUCAUGGCACUGACCUGGCAGGAGCCGCUUUAGGACAUGGAUCCCAAAGGAGCAAGAGGCACCAGGAAGCGCCGCUGAUCUGCACAGACCCCUUUGCCUGCUGCUGCCCCACAGGGAACAGGAGCCGCUUUAGGACAUGGAUCCCAAAGGAGCAAGAGGCACCAGGAAGCGCCGCUGAUCUGCACAGACCCCUUUGCCUGCUGCUGCCCCACAGGGAACAGCCAGGGCCACAUCCCACUGCCUGCCCAGCGUCCAUCCAUGGAGGGGACCACCGUGUCCCCAUCUCCUGCCUCACCCACUGAGGGAGACGAUCUCUGUGAUAUUGAUGUCACCGAUGUGGCUGUAGACAGUGUGACACUGCUCAUCUGCCUCUGUGGGCUGGCCGGGAACGGGGCUGUCCUCUGCCUUCUCCAAAGGAGACCCACCACCUGUUACAUCAUCAACCUGGCCUUCGCCAACUUCUCCUUCCUCCACUUCGCGGUCCUCUCCACCCUGCUCUACCUGCUGGAGGACGUGUCCUGCUCCACGAUCGUGCCCCUGGUGUUCCUGAGGGCGCUCUUCCCACUCCUGCUCUUCUCCUACAACCUGGGGCUGUACCUGCUGACAGCCAUCAGCAUUGACAGGUGCACAUCCAUCCUCUGCCUGCUCUGGUGCCGCAGCCACUGUCCCCAGCGGCUCUCCUGGGUGGUGUGUGCCCUGCUCUGGGCCCUCUCCAUCACUGUCAUCGUCACGAUGACUGCCCUGUGCCACUCUCAAGAGCACGAGCACUGCCAGGUGUCUCUCAUCACCAUGUACGCCCUCAACCUCUUCCUCUUUGCCCCAGCCAUGGUCAUUUCCAGCACAAUCCUCCUCAUUAAGGUCAAGUGUGUCUCCCAGCAGCAGCGACCCAAGAGACUCGACAUUGUUAUUUGCCACGCUGUGCUCUUCUUCCUCCUCUUUGCUCUCCCCCUCAGCCUCUCCAAUUUCCUGCAGCAGCUUGGCUACACCGUUGUGGCCUCCCAGGUGGUUUUCCUGCUCACCUGCAUCCACAGCACCGUCAUCCCCUUCAUCUGCUUCGUGGUGGGGAGGUGCUGGAGGCACUGCUCUGUGGAGUCCCUCCGGCUCUCCCUCCAGAGGGUCUUUGAGGAGCCAGAAGAAAACACUGCCCGCAGCGAUGAUCCUGCCAUGGACACAGACUUUCCAGCCUGUUGAUCCCUUCCACUGCUCUGCUGAAGGACCUUGGCAGAGUGGCUGAAGGUUUCCUUGAGUCACCUGAUCAAUAAAUAUCCAAUGGAUCACCCUCUCGGUGGUGCUGGAAUCCUGCAGAACGGAGCAGGGGCAGUGACAAGGGCCAUGUGGGAGGGAUGCUCUGCAGGAAGCACAUGGCAGCAUG